GGGUGGUUUGUGUGUCCUAGGUCACUACGUCUAGACAGUCGUGUUUAUGGCUCGUUCCAGAGCUCCUUCGUCUUGCUUUGGAGCCAAAAAGCAAAGGUUGGAUGAGGAAUCAACAUCACGACCAUGCGUUCCUCGUAAUGGCCUUAGCACACCUGGGGUUGUUAGACGUGAAAUGUGUUACUUUUGCUUUGACGUCCUUCACAACCAUUUGCGUAAUAUUGAACCUCCCCCUGCCCCCAAGACAUUUCCAAACAGUUCUUAUCCGCUUUUCGUGACAUGGACGUACGGAAAAGAGGAAAAGCUGCGUGGAUGUAUAGGUACUUUUACUGCCAUGAAUAUCCAUAGCGGUCUUCGUGAAUAUGCGAUUAACAGUGCCAUCAAAGACAGUCGCUUUUCACCAAUAACAGAAGAAGAGUUUCCUCAUCUCACAUGUUCAGUCUCCUUGCUUUUGAAUUUUGAAGAGGGGAAAAACUAUCAGGAUUGGCAGGUUGGUUUAUAUUUACGGGUCAAAAUCAAUAGUUUAGGGUUUUUGAUCUCAAACUUCAACCUAAUUGUUUCAAGUUAAUUGCUUUAGCCACCAAGCAACUGAUCUUUCGUAAUCCCUAAAUACCCGUCCCUUUAUUUCCACCAUGCCUAACCGGGUUGUCUAUUAGAGUUACACGAUGCAAUACUUUAUUAUUAUCCAUAUUUCAAUUUAUAUCAUGUUGGUGCAGUAGAUCUUUAGGUUCGCUUUUUAUUAGGGCUAAUAUUACUCAGCCGCUCGGAUCGAUAAUGAUGAGUCGAACUCCCGAAUCGUGAUUCAGUAACUGGGAAUUUUGUACCCAAACUUUCCAACCAUUACUCCUGUAAUCAAGAGUGAUGCCAGUCAGUUAUAAACGACGUAUGAUCUAGCAAAAAUAUGCAUCUAUCCUAAUUACUACAUUCUAAAUUAGUUCGUCAAAAAUGGAACUUCAGAGGAGAGAACUUAAUUUCGACGGAAAAAAAUUCUGAAACAUCAGAGGUGAGUUUCAAAAUAAGGUAAUCUGGUCAAAAGAUAAGGCAUGGCAUUUAAUUCAAGAUCUCAAGGAAGACAAGAACUAGAUAGAACUAAUACAUCGAUUUCGCACCAUUAUCCAACAAGUGAUUGGAAUUAUUGUACAGGGCUGAAUCAGAAAGUGCGCAUACUGAUAUAGCUUAAACCAGUAGCUAAUAGCGUCGUGGAUUAAUAACAUGUUGAUCUCUUCAAUCCUAGUUUUUUUCCAACCUACUUGCAUGUCAGUCAUCAUUGGACAUGUAAGUGGGCGUUGGUAAGACAUACGUAAGCAACUACCUCAAUCACUGAUAAUUUUUAGCGUUAUCCAUGGACUUAAUAUUUACUUCACUGGUAUAAUCGCAAAAUUUUCAUUGUUUUUCUAGAAAUCAUUACCAAAUGAGUUAUGAGUAUCCCACCCCAAUUGGCUAGUAGACUGUUCUGUGUAUAUUGAAUUUGAUUGGCUGUUGUUAACGCUUGUUUCUGACGUUUUUACCUAGUACUUUAAGCCUAACUUUCUUCAUCUAGUUAUCCCACUGUACAUGAGUAAUGGGUCAGAAAUUCUUAUGAUCAAGUAUGCGCAACCUACAUAAGUUCUAUUAUUUCCAAGACCGCGCUUCACACGCAUUUGGUACUAAGUAGUGUACUGCAUUGUAGUUAUACCCUCUCUCUGAUAGACAAACACCUUUUCUAGACCACAGGUAGUACGAGCUGACUUGAUUAGUCUACUGAGCCUGGCUUAUGGUUUUUCAUGUAAUUAAUAAUCCCAUUAAUCUAUUACAACCAAUGUAAUUAUCUGUAAAAAUAAUUUCGUUUUGUUUUCGCUCGUUGGAAAAUACAGAUGUUUAAAAAUGAGUAGUAAUCUGUACUUUCUUAUUGCCUAAAAUAGAUUGGUGUUCAUGGAAUUCGAAUUGAAUUUGUUAAUGAAAAGGGAUAUCAUCGCACUGCUACGUAUUUGCCUGAAGUUGCCUACAAACAAGGUGAGGCUCAAACUUUUUCUAACUGAGAGAUAGCUAAGUACUUUUAUUGCAUUUCAGUAAAAAGUCUCAAUCGAUUUAUUACAUGUUCUAGGGUUUAGCCGAUUUUGUAUGGUUAACGAUUCCCCUCCUGACUUUCUUAUUUUGUAAUAUACAAGCCACCACAUCCACGUCAUCUAUAGAUUAAUUGUUUAGGAAUGUUAAGGAUUUUACAUCUGUAGGUCGUAUCAGACAACGGUUGGAUGUUUGAAUAGAUCUAACAUCUUCAUCCUAAUAUUCAAAUGAAAUAAUCAAUUAUUACCGUUAUAACUUAUUAAUUAUGACCUGUAUUUUACUGAGCUGCUACCUUGACGCGGUGGUCGGGCUUGCCUUUCGUGAUGAUCCAACCGAGCUAUAUUGGCUGGAAUUUAUGUUCCUGUAGAUUCUACCAUGCCAGACAGGUCGAUUAGAGAACGGUAAGACUAAAAGCAGCAACUCAAGGUCUGAGGGCGAAGUCGUACUGCUGACUGUAGAGGGGUGUGACAGCAGUAAGGUGUUUCCCUCGGACAACCCGCAUCUGCAGUGAUGCCGCUUUCCCACAAGGAGGGGUGGGAUUAGAAAACGUCGACCCUAAAAAUGUCACACCUCACCUUACCUCACGGAUUUCCGUCUCCGGCUGUAAGGCCCUUUGAAGAACGGGGCCAACACAUUAAAAACCUUACACAAAAAGGCAGUGCGCGACCGGCCUCAAACAGUUGUCCCUUGGGCUCUGCGGUCACGCUCCCAGGUCGUUAAGAUCAACACUAAUCCAAUUUCUUUUUCAGGUUCCUCAAGAAAUACCCUUUGACGGUGUGGGCGACCGGGAAGUGAUGUCAGCCCUCAUAUCCGUAACACCACACUAGAUCGAGUUGGUCGCACUCAAAUCCUUUCUACACUUCCUAAUACCUCUCUUAUCUCCAUGACUAACCAUUCUCACGUCCGUUUAUCACCUCGCACCGCUAGGGCAAGCGACUUGAGUAAGCUGAACGUUAUUCCUGUUCUGAAACCACUCUCUAAACUACAUGUUAUAUCUCUCUUUUCUUACGGUUAUGACCCAGCUAUUCCUAUUGCUUAGUAUUCUCGGACACCGAUUCACUCGACAAGUCCCCAAAUCAAAACACGGUUGAACAGGAAGAGAUUAUAUUCCAAAUAACAAGGUUAAAUGGAAGUAAGAAGCAAGUCAGAAGCACAAUAGGGAAAACGUCAGUAUAUUUAUAGUUUUUACAUAAGAAGAUUCCAGAGUAUUCUCCAACCAUCGACUAGUGCUGGUUGGAUAAGAAUUAGCCAAAAGGACUGAAUACUUGACGUAGUUUACUGACUGUGCAGCUUGCAGUCGGGUGUUCCAUUAGAAAAAUUUCUGGCCACUUGCUAUAUGCACCAACCACCAAAAGGUAAGUUUGUCCAUGUAAUAAAUGUAUACGCUGCCACGAUAACUGUGGCAUUGGCCAUGAUUACAGCUCUGCUUUUCGCAGUGCUUUUGUUGCUAAUGCACAUUUGGUACACGAACGGGAUAGCUGCUCCAGUUGGGUGUCUAAAUGUGGCCAGUAUACAUAACUUCGUGCUAGUGCUUUCAUGCGAUUUGUUCCAGGAUGUCCUGCAUGCAACUGUUCAAGCACUGUUGGUUGUAGCUUCUUGGGAAUUAUGACACGUUCGGCAAACAGCACAGUCAUCGAUGAUUGAAAGAGAGAGUCUUCGCUGGUAAAACUGUUGAAGCUCUGUGGAACUGAUUUUUGAGGGCCACCCUUCUAGGUGGAACUUUCUAACUUCUUGUAGUGUUGGGUCUCGAAGCGUUUCUUCCCUGACUUCAUCUGACGACACUGGAGUGUUUCGAAUGGCAUCUGCCACUAUACUUCGUAUUUCUGGGUCUACUGCUGUGGAGGCAAUGAUUAUAUCCUCUGGUCCAGGAUGUUGAACUCCAAUUAAUCGGGAGAGAGCGUCAGCUUGACCGAUAGUAUUUGUCGAUUGAUACUUGAUAUUAAAAUCAUAACUCAGGAGCAUUGUUGCCCAGCGCUGUAGUCUAUUAGCCGUAUAGACAGGGAUUCCUUUCUUAGAACCAAAGAUUGCAAUCAAAGGUUUGUGAUCUGUCAGUAGAAUAAAUGUACAACCAUAGAGCAUUUUAUGAAAUCUUUUGACUGCGAAAAUGAUUGCAAGAGCUUCCUUUUCAAUUUGGCUGUAGUUUCGCUCGGCUGGAGUAAGUGAUCUAGCAACAUGGGCAAUUGUCUUUUCUGAUUUAUCCGGAAACACGUGAGAUAUCACUGCUCCAACUUCAUGACUAAAGGCAUCAGAUGCAACAACAAUUUCCAAGCUGGGAUCGAAGUGCGUCAGAAAAAUCUUUGAGCUGAGCAUUGAUUUGACUCUGUCAAAAGAUGCUUGACAUUCUGCUGACCACUGUCAAGGUUUAUCUUUCGAUAGUAAUUCAUUUAGGGGACCUCUCACUCGAUGCAUUUCAGGCAAGAAUGUGCUGUAAUGACUGAUUAACCCCAAGAAGGAUCUUAAUGAAGAAACAUCAGUUGGUGCAGGCAUCUUCUGAAUGGCUUCGAUGUUGGCAGGGUCUGGUCGGCGACCGUUCUUAUCUAAGAUAAAACCAAGUUAUUUGAUCGAAUGCAUGAAGAUACAUUUUUCCUCACGUAGUUGGAAACCAUACUCCAACACUCGGUUAAGGACUUGGUGUUGUCGAUCAGAAAGUUCACUGUCAGUUGAACCCAUAACUAUGAUAUCAUCUAGAUAAGCUGCUGUACCAGGUAUACCUUUUAGCAUCGUAUCCAUUAUUUUCUGAAAUAUGGCGGGUGCGGUCUUGAUGCCAAAUGGUAGACGGGUGUAUUGAAAUAACCCUCAAUGAGUGUUAAUGGUCAGAAGCUCUCUACUAUCUUCAUCUACUUCCACUUGGAGAUAAGCAUCGAAGUCUAUUUUCGCGAAACAUGUCCCACCAUUAAGCUUGGCAAACAGGUCUUCAGGAACUGGUAAGGGAUAUUGGUAUACAUCUAAUGCAGCAUUUAAACCGGUCGAGGAAUCGGCACAUAUGCGUAUAGUCCCAUUGGCCUUCUUAAUCACUACGAUCGGUGCGGCCCAUGCAGAGUAGUUAACUGGUCGGAUUACACCAGCCUGUUGCAAGCGAUUAAGUUCCUGGUCGACUAGCUCAAGAGCAGCAUAUGGUAAAGGACGUCUCGGGCGAAAAAUAGGUAUGGCAUCUGGUUUCACUGGUAAGUGCGCUUUCAUCUUGGUACAGUGGCCAAGGCUAUUCUGAAAGACAGAGGCAAACUUUCUUUUCAGUUUUUCUAGUAACCUUUCACCUGUCUUCUUUGGAAGUACUGGGGUGUCCAAUGAUGAACACGAUACGUUACAGACACUGUUAAUUGGUAUAUCCAUUAUUCGAAGUUUGUCUAGCAUAUCCAGACCAAGAAGAUCAAGGUUCGGCCGUUCUGUCAAAAUGCAGUCUUCUGACCACCCUAAGCAACAAUGCAAGCAUGUUUGGGAUGCGAUUCUCCCCCCUCGAAAUGCAAAAUGUUGCUUCAGGAUUGAGUUGCAUCGACACCCGUACUAAUGUGCUAUAAUCUGUGUUUCUUCUUACGGUUAAUGACCCAGCUAUUCCUAUUGCUUAGUAUUCUCGGACACCGAUUCACUCGACAAGUCCCCAAAUCAGAACACGGUUGAACAGGAAAAAGAUUAUAUUCCAAAUAGCAAGUCAGAAGCCAGUAGGAAGCACAAUAGGGGAAAACGUCGGUAUAUUUAUAGUUUUUACAUAAGAAGAUUCCAGAGUAUUCUCCGACUAUCGACUAGUGCUGAUUGGAUGAGAAUCAGCCAAUCAGCGUGCACCAAAACAAUCAUGCAUUGAGCAUGCUUUAAUCUAGUCAAUGUCCCGCUAACAUAAUGAUAGGGAGUGAAGAAGUUGAGCGUGUCGACCGCUUCACUUAUCUUGGAAGUCUCAUCAGCCCUUGUGGUCUGGUGUGUGACGAAGUCUCAGCACAGAUACAGAAGGCUCAACUAGCUUUUGCCAACUUACGUCAUUUAUGGCGUAGGUGAGAUAUCCGCCUAUCAACCAAAGGACGUGUUUACUGUGCAGCAGUUCGUUCCGUCCUACUUUAUGGCAGUGAGACAUGGCCGGUAAGAGUAGAGAAUAUUCGUAGGUUACUAGUAUUUGAUCAUAGGUGUCUUCGAAAUAUUGCUCGUAUAUACUGGGACCAUCGAGUAAGUAACACAGUUGUUAGGAAACGGGUACUAGGUAAGGAUGGUAAAUCAAUUGAUGAAAUAGUAAAACUUCGUCAGUUGAGAUGUCUGGCACACGUUACAUAUGCCCAACCACCGACUGCCUCGACGUGCGAUGUUCAAUGGUAUGGGAGUAGGUUGGAAGAAAGCUAGGGGUGGCCAGACCAAAACAUGGCACAAGUCCAUGAAGUCACUGACAAGUAGAUUGAGCAAUGUUGGUAGGUGUAGACUACCUGGUUGGGGACCGCGAGAUGAUAGAAACCGAUGGUUAGAGACCCUGAAUGACAUGGCUCAAAAUCGUUUACAAUGGUGCAGGUGCAUACACUCUUUGUGUUCUUCCAAAUUUUGAUUUCCUGAUUCCUCCUUGUCUCUUUUUUCUCUUCCCAAAUUCAUUUCACUGUAUUAUAACAUCUCCAAACCCUAAUCUUUCAGAUUACUGCCUAUACUUUUACUACCUCUAAUACUAUGGGAUUUGAAUCGACAACUGCAUCUCUGUGCUAAUGUGGUAUGGCAACUGGGACUGAUGUACAUACAUACGAAGUUCUACAUUGUUACUGACUGACAAUCUGCCAUCUUACACAUGUCAAUCUCUUUGUACAGUUUUUUUUUAUUUCUAGGAAAGAUGUAUGAUAUAAAUCAUCGUUGGUUGUAUCAGAAAUACAUUAAUUUUUCUCAUGAAUUCCAUGUUCUAUUUUCAGACGAUUCGUGAUUUCUAUUGUAAUCCCAUACAGCUUCACAUGAUAUCUAUGAUCCAGACUUCAUAUGUGUUCAACAGUUGUCUACAGCCUCUAAAAUUUCAUGCGAUAACAAUUAAGUUAUGAAAUUGAAGGAGUCCAGACACAAUAACUGUGCUCUUCCUGGUUCUCGACAAAUAUCUUUUAUUCUCUAGGUUUUCUGUUUUUAAUUGUUCAGAGUUUAUUUAUUUAUUUAUUUAAAUACAUAAACAUUGGUACAAGGAGGCACCCAACAGAUAUGCUAAAUAUAAAUCGUUCGAUUUAUGUGAGUGAUGGGAUACUAUUUGGUUACUCAAACCGAAGCAAGUGGUUUUCUUAGGGGAUUACACUCCGAAACUUUGAACUAAAGGUCUGAUCCACAAGACGGUGGAGCAACGCAGUCUCAUGGCAGCCGGUGACCAAUAAUUGGUUCAUACGCCAUUCGUUUCCGCACGAUCCUGGAGCCCAUGUGCACCAUUGGUUUGGAAUCAGUGUUUUCCAACUUCCCUAGAUGGAUCCUACGUAUCCACCAACUCGGUUAAAGUGUCGGACAUUCGCUUUUCGUCCUCUCAAUUUCGUAAACAACACCCGUGUCACGAGAAGGUAGUGAGUAGGACUUCCCUGGCAUUGGUUGUAUGCACGUGGCCACUUGAGAGCGUUCGGAAAGGGAGAACUGACUUUCCCCACUCUCGGCCGUACUAGGGCAUUUGGGGGCAGAAACCGUACAUUCAUUUUAAACAUUUACUGAAGUUCACAUAUUAAUUGUUGCCGCGUCGUGGAAGUCUCAGCGUUGUUGGGCUAUGAAUAAACAUUACGUCAUGUUUUUCAUGAGUUUUUACAUAACAAAAUAGUUUUUCGUCGCCAAGUACAAUAAUCGAAACUCGUGCCAUGUAUCCCCCCUCCAAUUUUUUCUACAGCGUAUCCACUUAUUCAUCAUUAAUCUAUCAGUCUUGCCUGUUUUUUUGUUUUUAUAAAGGUUGGAAUCAUUGUGAAACCAUCGAUUCUCUUCUUCGAAAAGGUGGUUACCGUGGUAAUAUAAGUGAGGCAUUUCGACAAUCAAUUCGGCUUACUAGAUAUCGUAGCGAAAAAUAUAGUGUGCAUGCAUCAGAGUAUUUACGUGCUCGUCAGAAUGGUUAUCGCGUUUAAUAUGAAUUGUGUUCUGUACGACAAUUAUUUCAAUGUUUGUGUAUGAACGAAUAAUAAAACAAUUGGCUGCAUAAAAAAUGUACGCUGUAAAUCGCUUAUCUAACCUAAAUCUAUAUGGGUACAUCAUAUUUAUUCUACAUUCUUUGUUUUCUAAGCGUCAAUUCCUUGUGUAUUUCCUCUUUAACUAUCUCCUUACAAUUUUCUUUAUUCCUUCCAUAGUGUUGUUAACCUUUUCCCUUAACGGUUUAUCCUCUAAUGAAAACUUUAGAAGCUUCCUUUCCAAAUAAUUCAAUUUAUUUAUACAAUAUGAAUUUCCAGUUUAGUGACAUGGAAACCAGUGACUAACACAUCUGUGUAACAGUUCAGGGAAUCUGUAUUGUCAUCUGUUAAUAUAUUUAACAUCU